AUGUGGAGGACUGUAUACCCCCGAGGAAACCCCACAGGUCCUCUUCUUGUUUCUACAUUCUGGCCUGAUCUGCCAGAGAAAAUCGAUGCUGUCUAUGAGGCCCCUCAGGAUGAGAAGGCUGUAUUUUUUUCAGGAAACGAGUACUGGGUUUAUUCAGCCAGUAACUUGGAUAGGGGAUAUCCAAAGAAACUCACCAACCUGGGACUAACCCCGGAUGUGCAACGUGUUGAUGCAGCUUUCAACUGGGGAAGAAACAAGAGGACAUACAUUUUUGCUGGAGACAGAUACUGGAAGUACAAUGAAGAAAAGAAUAAAAUGGAGCUUGCAUCCCCUAAAUUCAUUGCAGACUCUUGGAAUGGCGUUCCAGAUAACCUUGAUGCUGUCCUGGGUCUUGGUGACAGUGGAUACACCUACUUUUUCAAAGAUCAGUGCUACCUACAAAUGGAAGACAAGAGUUUGAAGAUUGUUAAAAUUGGCAGGAUAAAUUCUGACUGGUUGGGUUGCUGAACUGUAUGAGAUAUUAAUAAUUAUUUUAUUUACUUUUCCAUUAUAUGCCUUAUCUGUAAUUAGAAAUAUAUCUGAAUGCUAAAUACUGGACCAGUCUGGUACUGGCACCAAAACAUUAAGUACCAGUACUGUACACAUCAGAUGAUAAUUUAAGAGUCUUUGCCUUCUCAGUAUACAAAAGAUGUUUAUGUAUACUGGUACAAUUUUUCAGUUUUCAUGCUAAUCAUAGUAAUGCUAGUAACAGAAUAUCCAUGAUUCUUUAUUCCCUGGGUGCUUAAACAAAGCACUGAAACCAUCGGAGACUGGAUCACACCCCUGAAUUAUACAUAUCUCAAAUAGAAUCA